CUCACACCGACGACGGUCUAUAUAAUACUAUCUAGCAACGUGCACUAAUUCACACACAACUUCACACUAAUUUUUCAACUUUUCUCUUCCACUUCUAAUCUCCAUCAGUUAAACAACAUGAAGCAAAAGAUAGUGAUCUGGGUAUGCAUGAAUGACCAGCAGUCUCUCUGCCAAUCUCUAAUGCCCACAGUUUGCUUUUCUGCGCUGAAUCCCCAGUCCAAAGCUCUGAAAAUCGCAGUCUGUUUACCAGGUGUGGAACAGGCAGCUUUAGGAGGGACGGAGAAGGACCAGAUAGAGGUGACGGGGAAUGGGAUCGAUGCAGUUCGGCUAACAGAUAUGCUGAGAAAGAAAGUUGGAUUUGCAUACCUCAUCAGCGUAACUCCUGUUGGGGAAGAGAAGAAAAAAGAGAAGAAAGAGAAGCCACAAGUUAAGCCUAUGGUUUGCUCAUAUGGGGUGCCUCAUUGCGAAAUCUAUGAAAUGAGAGAUCCAUAUCCUUGCUUCAUCUUGUGAUCUUACUUACAUCUUCAGAGUAUAUAUAUAUCCGGGUGCGAUCAUACCAUUACUAAUGCAUCGGAUCCCAUCAUAAAUCCGAAGUUAAUAAGAGCUUCUAUGCUUGUAAACAGACUGAAAAUCUGUCCCCUUGCAUCAUUUAACGUACUUCAUUUAAUUAUUUCUGCAAUUCAAAUUGUUAGUUUGUUGCAAAAGUUUGUGCUGAUCAACAACAAGAAGAAAUGAUGCCAACCACACAGGCAAUUCGCGAACACCUGACCUGUCAGGCUGUCACGAGUCAAUUGAAAAGUUCUUCCCACAAUCAAGGAAAGGAACGUAGAAAUAACUUGAACUACAAUGCGGACCAUAAUAAAACUUACCCAUGUUUAGCCCGAAAAAUUGGAUAAUUACAUGGGCUUGGGCUUCGCUUGUACAUUUUUAAGCUACCCGAUCGUUUAUUGG